AAAGCCAUGACUGCUAUCCCACAAUUCAUCUUCCCUGCGCCAUCUUUGUAUUAUUUCUAAUUUAUUUUGGAUGUCAAAAGACAUUGAUGAAGAUAUUUUCUCUGGAGUCUCCUUCCUCUCUAACCCGUCUCUCCCGAUGUGAACCGAGCGACUCACAAGCCACCGAAGCCACCAACCCACCAUGUCGCGCCGCAAGCAAGGCAAACCCCAGCACUUAAGCAAACGGGAAUUUUCACCCGAACCUCUUGAAGCCAUUCUCACUGAUGACGAACCUGAACAUGGCACAUUGGGAGCUCCGGAAGGGGACCACGACCUCCUCACUUGUGGCCAGUGUCAGAUGAACUUUCCGUUGGGGGACAUUCUUAUUUUUAUUGAGCACAAACGGAAACAAUGCAAUGGCAGUCUCUGCCUAGAGAAGGCUGUGGAUAAGCCACCUUCACCCUCACCAAGUGAGCUGAAAAAAGCAUCCAAUCCUGUGGAGGUUGGCAUCCAGGUUACGCCAGAGGAUGACGAUUGUUUAUCAACGUCAUCUAGAGGAAUUUGCCCUAAACAGGAACAUAUAGCAGGUAAAGAUGAGCCCAGCAGCUACACGUGUACGACUUGUAAACAGCCUUUCAACAGCGCCUGGUUCCUCUUGCAGCACGCACAGAACACGCACGGCUUACGGAUCUACCUAGAAAGCGAGCACGGCAGCCCCCUGACGCCACGGGUUGGUAUCCCAACAGGACUAGGUGCAGAGUGCCCUUCCCAGCCACCUCUCCACGGGAUUCACAUUGCAGACAAUAACCCUUUUAACCUGCUCAGAAUACCCGGCUCGGUCUCGAGGGAGGCGUCGGGGCUGGGAGAAGGGCGUUUCCCACCCACGCCGCCCCUCUUUAGCCCUCCCCCGAGGCACCAUUUGGAUCCGCAUCGCAUUGAGCGCCUGGGUGCGGAAGAAAUGGCUCUGGCCACCCAUCACCCUAGUGCCUUUGACAGGGUGCUGCGACUGAACCCCAUGGCGAUGGAGCCCCCCGCUAUGGAUUUCUCCCGGAGGCUGCGGGAGCUGGCCGGCAACACCUCCAGCCCACCCUUGUCCCCGAGCCGGCCCAGCCCUAUGCAAAGGUUGCUGCAGCCCUUCCAGCCCGGCAGCAAGCCCCCGUUCCUGGCCACGCCGCCCCUUCCUCCUCUGCAGUCUGCUCCUCCUCCCUCCCAGCCCCCCAUGAAGUCCAAGUCCUGCGAGUUCUGCGGGAAGACCUUCAAGUUUCAGAGCAACCUGGUGGUCCACCGCCGGAGCCACACGGGGGAGAAGCCCUACAAGUGCAACCUCUGCGACCACGCCUGCACGCAGGCCAGCAAGCUGAAGCGCCACAUGAAGACCCACAUGCACAAGUCCUCCCCCAUGACCGUGAAGUCGGACGACGGGCUCUCCACCGCCAGCUCCCCCGAGCCAGGCACCAGCGACCUGGUGGGCAGCGCCAGCAGCGCCCUCAAGUCCGUGGUGGCCAAGUUCAAGAGCGAGAAUGACCCCAACAUGAUCCCUGAGAACGGGGAUGAGGAAGAGGAGGAGGAGGAGGAGGAAGAGGAGGAGGAGGAGGAGGAAGAGGAGGAGGACUUGAACGAGAGCGACAGGCCGGACUAUGGCUUCGGGAUGAGCCUGGAGGCGGCCCGUCACCACGAGAACAACUCGCGGGCUGGCGAGGAGGGCCGGGCGAUGCCGGACGUCAUGCAGGGCAUGGUCUUGAGCUCCAUGCAGCACUUCAGCGAGGCCUUCCACCAGGUCCUGGGGGAGAAACACAAGCGGGGCCACCUCCCCGAGCCCGAGGUGCACAGGGACACUUGCGACGAAGACUCGGUGGCCGGCGAGUCCGACCGCAUCGACGAGGGGGCCGUCAACGGCCGGGGCUGCUCCCCGGGGGAGUCUGCCUCGGGAGGCCUGUCCAAAAAGCUGCUGCUGGGUAGCCCCAGCUCCCUGAGCCCCUUCUCCAAACGCAUCAAGCUGGAGAAGGAGUUCGACCUGCCGGCCGCCGCCAUGCCCAACACCGAGAACGUUUACUCCCAGUGGCUGGCGGGCUACGCUGCCUCCCGGCAGCUGAAGGACCCCUUCCUCAGCUUCGGCGACUCCCGACAAUCGCCCUUCGCCUCCUCCUCCGAGCACUCCUCGGAGAACGGCAGCCUGCGCUUCUCCACGCCGCCGGGCGAGCUGGACGGAGGGAUCUCAGGCCGCAGCGGCACGGGAAGCGGAGGGAGCACCCCCCAUAUUAGUGGCCCGGGCCCUGGCAGGCCCAGCUCAAAAGAGGGCAGACGCAGCGACACUUGUUCGGCGUAUCCCCCCAGCUGGCGCGGCGCCCAGGGAGCCCCGGAUGUCUGGCAGUUUUCGGAUGGAAGUUCCAGAGCACUUAAAUUCUGAAAGGAGGUGAAGCUGGUGGCGUCUCGGCGUCCGGAGGUGGCCUCUGUCCUGCUGGGAGAGCCUGAGGAGUCCCGGGGCUCCUCCUGCCUGCAAGACUAUCGUAUUUAUAUUUUGUAAUAGAGUACGACAUUCUUCGGGGCUGGUUUUUCGGGGUUUUUUUGUUCAUUGGUUUCUUUUUUUUUUUCAUUUUCUAAAAACGAACGAACGAAAAAAACAAACAACCCACCCACCAAGGUCAAGGGCUUAAUGAUGGCUUCGACUGGCUCCUUUCCCCAUGGAAAAGACUGCCUUGCUCUCGUGGACAACCCGGCCUGUUGGUUAUCCCCGCAACGUGCCGUUCCUCGGGAGGCACAUCUGAUGUGAUGAAUUAAAAAUAAAGCAAAACACAGUGUAGGUCUGUGGGUGGGUGGGAAAUUGCCAUAAUAAAUGUUGGAGCUUUAGGUUUUGUUUGCUCUGUCUUUAAUUUUUAAUGCUAACAAGGGCCAGACGGCUGGUGUGACUUUGUGUUCCCGUGCCGGCUGCAGGAAAGCAAGUGCUGGGUUUUCACCGGGGAUGGUGUUGGCACCAGGGGCAGACCUUUCCUAGAGCUAGGCCAGGAGCUGGGCUUAGUGCUGAGCCCCCUCUGGCCUUUGGUGAUGCUGAAGGGGGGUCUCCCAGCUCUCCUGCAUUGUCCCUGAUGAAUGCCAGCUGCCGUGUUGCAUUUCUGCUGUCAAGCUUUUGGGGCUGCUGGGAUGUCAGGGAUCCUCACUCGUGUCCGUGCGAGGAGAAGUGAGGCCAGUGCAGGUUUUGGGAGGGGCUGUGGAGAUGCCUGUCAGAGCAGGGGAUGCAGAGCCCUGCCCUGAGCUGAGGGAGCUGCUGUCAGGUUGUUGUCCUGCUGUUUCCCAGACUUUGCACCAGGCACUUGCCAGCGGCGCUUGUCCCUUGCUGGGUGUUGAGCAGCCACCCAAGGAGUCUCCUGGUUGGGGGCCCAGAAGAUGGGUUAUGUGUGAGCUUUGUGCCAUCUCUGAUGGGAUUUAUAGGCUGUGGCUGCUCAUGCCUGUGCUGACGAGUGGGAAUGGACCUUAUUUGGUGAAAGAAGCCAGCUGGGUAGCGAGCGGAGUGGCUGUGCUGGGACAGGGAUCAGCGGGAUGGAGCCAAGCCGUGGGGAAAGGGACAGUGGAUUUAUUGGCUUUGUGUAUUAAUUUCAAUCUCACUUCUGUUUGAUUCAUCUCCUGGCUUGCAGUCUCAGUGAGACCCUCCCUUGGGGUGGCUCUCCUGGUGAAAUGGCCGUAGGGAAAACGAUGCUGCCUUUUCCGUGAGCGGUGGUUGCUCUUUUGUUGUGUAAAACCCCAGGCUGUGGUUUUCUCCUGGUGGUCUGGGCACAGCACAAGCACAGACACUUUGGUACCUUAAAAUAUGGCUGGGGUGGGCAGCAGGAGCAUCUCCAAGUUGUGCCACACUGGGAGCCUGGAGGACUUGGUGGUGCACUGGGACACAAAGGGAGCUAUUGCUGCUUCUUCCUAGGUGAUUUGGUCCUUGAGGGCAAACCACCCAAAAUUUGGGUGAGUCUACGCACAGCCUCAUCUUUUUUUAUCAUUAGGGGAUGUUUUUAAAGGUUCUUCCUAACCCAGCCUGUGCUGCCACCCCUGUGUCUGCUCCUAAGGGGUUUUUGAGCCUUGGAAGGGUGAAUCCUGUUGGAUUAAGCACCGGAUUGAUUGUGCACCAGCGGUGGAGAGUGAGACACCUGCUCCUGCCCUGGGGAUCUCUGCUGCAGGCAGCUGUGUCAGACCAGGGCUAAUGGAGCUAUUUACUGCAGAGGGGGUUGCUCUGCUCGUUUCUCUAGACUCUCACCUGGUCCAUAUCUACGGCAGGCCUGGCCCAGGGCAGCUGGGAAGCUGCUUUGUAAGGGGUUCCAGCGUGCUGGCUCCUUCUGGGGGUGUCUGGCCCUUGCUUUGUGUGAGCACAGGUCAAACUCAGUUCCUGGAUGUCUUCUGGGGUAGCUGGUUAUGCUUUUGCGGCUCUGCCUGGUGGAACAAGAGUGAUGGGAUCUGUUUUCUCUGGCUGUUGCUUGUCUCUCCUUCAGCAGGCAGCGUGAGGGCAAGGGCUUCUCCCAGGAAAAGCAGGAAAUAACAAAGUGGGGAUGGCUCAAUGUGUUCUGCCAAGCACAGAAGUGAUACCUGAAGUGCUCAAGAUGUGGUCAGAUAGCCUUUAAAAUGUCUAUUUUUUAAUACAGGUGUGAAACUCUUCCCCCAACUCUUAGGACUUUGAAACAUCUUCAGAAUUCGUGUUGCCUUAAAGUUGCAAACAGGUGCAAUGUCUGUGCUGGGAGCCCCUUGUAAGGCAUGGGGCUCCUCUCCCUGGCUGCCAGCCCUGCUCCUCCUGCUCCUGCUCCUGCUCCAGACUCUGCUGUGGCUCCUGCAGAGCACCAGGACAGCCUCAGCACCAGGUCUGCUGGAGAUGCCAAAGGGUUUCCACUGCCCUGGGUGACAUGAGGGAGCUGUCUGCUCUGAUUAAGGGUGUCAUUAGGGUCCUCUUUUUGUCUGACCAGGACUUGGCUGAGUCCCCUUGCUGUGUCUGUGCUUGGGAUCACCAGCAGCUUAAUGAGUUUCUGCCAAUUAGCAAGAGUCCAAGGUUUCCUGUGAGGGGAGGGUUGGGAACCUGUUAGCCUCAAAGCCUGGAGGCUGCUGGUGCAAAGAGGAACAAUAUUCCCAGGGGUUUUGUAUUUUAGCCUGUUCUCCAGCUGUUGGUCUGCACAUCCAAAUUGGAAAUAAGGUAUGGUUGGUCUUUAUUUAAAAAAAAAAACAAAGAUCCUAAAGUUUUGGGGUUCUUAAUAAAGAAAAGAUAAAUGUUCUUGCCAGUCCCGGGGGUUGAGAUGAACAAGAUUCCUGGGAAUCACCUGGCUUAACUUUGAGGUUUUGGGUUUACAAAGCUGCUUUCAGACUUGGAGAUGAUCUGACUAUGCUGUGUUUGAUGUCUAAGCACACUUUUCCUGACACUAAAAUGCAGCAAAGGUCAAGCCUCUUGUGAAGUCUAGCUUAAAUUUUGCUUUCAAAAUAAUGUAUGUUUUGGAUUCGUGAUGCAUUUGGGCUGUGGACUUUUAUGAGAUGUAAGACCUCUCCCCAGAAGGGAUCUGAAAACAGAUUUUGUGAGUGAGUUUCCAAGCAAAACUGCCAAACUCCUUGUGGUUGUUUUUUUUCAACCCCAGCUUUGUGCUGGGUCCCACUAAGUGUGUGCAGCAUCACUGUGUUUGUGGGUGACAACACAACUGUGUGCCCUGGGGGAAGGUGGAGGGAAGCUCCAUCCUCCUGGGCUGCAUCUUUAGCCUUUACUUUGGGUUUGCAUCUCCUUUCUUGUGUGUGUUUGAGCUGUCUGGGUGCUGGUGAGGCCUGGGGUGAGACUUUACCUGCGGACUUUUUGGCAGUGAGAAGGGGGAGGACCUGCUGAGCAUCCCUUCUGUUCCAGGGCUCUGCUGUGGUGUUUCACCUGAGCUCACUGAAAAGUCUUACUGAGGAGUGAGCUGAACACCCCAACCCCUCAGAAAUGACAGUGGUGCCUCAUUUCCUUCUUUUCUUACCCUCUGCUUCUCCUCACACCCAGUUUUCCCACUUCAGGCAUCAUCAUUCAAUUGUGUGUUGUAUCAAACAUUGCUGCCCCUCCAUCCCAAUUCUCUCCCCCCCCACCAAAAAACAAAUCAUCCUCUUAGCAUUCAUCUUCUGCAGGGGUCCAAAUAAUCAGUUCUUCCCAAGGCAAGGUGGAGUUGCAGGGGGCAGAACAGCCAGAAAAUAAACCCCCUAAACCCCAAAUAUGGCCCUUACUCCUUAAUCUCGCUGGAUAGGGUUACACAUCUGGUAGAGGCUUGCUCGUUGUUGCCAUUACUUUUAUUGCAUCUUUAGCAGUGAUGAAGUUCAGAUGGCAGAACCAGUGGGCCCCAAUUUAAUUUUGCCCGGCCUCCCAUAACGAGCACGAUGCGACUCCCGGGAAUGCCGGCUCGGGCAGCAGAACCCCACGGCGAGGAGGAGGGGGAAAACCUGGGGCUGGGGAUCCAGCAGGUGGGUGGAGGUGCCUGUGCUGUGCGAGCAUCACCGAGGGGGAUGGAUGGGCAGGUGGUUUCUCCUGCCCAGACCCAGACGAGGCGGAUUCCCGCCGUGGUUUUGUUUUGGCGGCCGGGGGGGGUGUGUGUGCGCCGCGCCGCUUC